AUGAAUCCCGAAUCUGCAUCCGUUGCGUUCAAUUUGGAGGGUCUCCAAAUAAAGGAUGAUUUGUUCAAAAGCGUAAAGUGCUUCAUUACGGGAUCACUAGAUCCGAAGAUAAGUAAACUACUCGAAGAUGGAGGCGUGUCGCUGUCAAAAUUUAUGGACUUCAGCACACAUGUGGUGUGUGGAGAAAACUACGACGAAAAUGAUAUUACCGAAGCCGGCGAACUGUACGACAUUCCCUCGGUAACUGAGGCAUGGGUAGUGGCAUCGGCGCGACUAGGUCGGCUUGCCUCGACGAAGGCUUACUUUCCGUUAAAGUCGGGAAUAUUUUGUGGCCUUCGGUUUUCCGUGACGCAAGUAGAUCUACGCGAUCUACGUAAGCUAUACGCCGUGCUAACAUUUCACGGAGGCACGUUCAGCACUCGACUGGAUCGUACCACUACGCACCUUGUGUGCGGUAGUGCCCGUGGACCAGCUUACACGAAAGCUCUUUCCUGUGGUACGGGUGUGCAGAUCGUAACGCCGGACUGGGUGGGUGAUUGUUUGAAAUCGAGCAGCCUCAAACCGGUGGCCAUUUACCAUCCGAGACUGUUGCGAGAGCAGGUGUACUUCAAGCAAGCUCCUGUGGGUGGUGGUGCAAAAGCGACGCCAGAAAAGCAAGCUCUCAACAACAUUUUAGGAUUUGAUUUUGAGGAAGGACUCGCUAAAACGGAAGUUCCUACAAAUGGGAAAAAGGAUGAUCCUAAAGGGCGUCCCACAGGUACAGAGGGCGGUGCCAAACAGGGUUCUCCUACAACGAAACAGACGCCAGGUGGUGCCAAUGUGAACCAUCUUCAAUCGACACCUCCAAGGUUUGUCAGGGCUCAGGGUCAACAACAGCAGCAACAAUUGCAACAGCAGCAACAUUUGCAACAACAAUCGCCAAGAGUGCGUGGACCUGGGCCACAAAGCGCCAACAUGCAACAGCAGCAACAGCAGCAACAGUUGCAGAAAGCUUUACAGCAGCAGCAGCAGCAACAACAACAGCAACAACAACAGCAACAACAACAACAACAACAACAACAGCAUCAGCAACAGCAACAGCAGCAGCAGUUACAACAGCUACAGCAACAACAGCAAAUGCAACAACAGCAUCAGCAACAACUACAACAGCAACAACAAUUACAACAGCAACAGUUACAACAACAACAACAGCAGCAGCAACAACAACAACAACAACAACAACAAGUUUCAAUUAACACCACAAAUACUAACAUUUUACAACAAUCAUUACAACAACCGCAGCAGAACCUUCAAACGCCGCAGCAAACGAAUAUGAAUUUUCAAACGGCAACGACAGCGGGAGGUACGAUUAUUCAGCAGAUUAUACAAACCCCUAUCCAGAAUAAUUCGCAACAAUCCCAGGUCGGGAAGCAAAACAUACAAGUAUUGUAUAAGAGUGGUCCAAAUCAGCAACAACAGCAGCAAAUGCAACAGCUACAGCAAGCCCAAAUUGGUCAAAAUCAAAUGCAGCAGCCGCAAUUCAGUCAGGCCACAGUCACCACUACCCAGACCGGUCCGGAUGGGCAGCAGAAGCAGAUCGUACGACAGAUUACGAUCAAUCAAACUCAGCUACAACCCGGCCAACAGCAGCAACUGCAACAGGGACAGCAAACGAUGCAGGUCUCUCAAUCGCAACCACUUCAGCAGCAAAUUAUACAAGUCCAGCGUCCGCAGGGACCGCAACAGCAAAUUCAAUUCCAGCAGAACAACCUGGGCACUACCUCGUCCCAGUCUGCUGGACCAGGACAGAUGACGUUGAUGGGAAAUAGCGGUGGGCAGGCCGGAAGCAGUGUACAACAAGGUGGACAACCGAAGUUUAUACAGCAAACGAUCAUUCAUCAGCCAAUGGGAGGAAAUUAUCAAACCGUCACCAAACAGUUGGUUUUGGAGCAGCAGCCGCAAGAUCAGCAUCAAGGUCAAACUAUCCCACAACAGCAGCAGAUACAACAACAAUCACAGCAGGUGCAAAUACAAUCGAUGCAACAACAAUCACAACAGCAGCAGCAGCAACAUCAAUUACAACAGAUGCAACAGCAACAAAUGAAAGCGGGACAACCGCAGGUUGUGCAGAGAAUUGUACAACAGCAAGUUUUCCAGGGUCCACCUGGAUCUGCCCAGCCCGGUGGACAAAAUAUCGUUAUCAUAAACCAAUCGACUAACCAGCAGCAAAUCAUAUCUGGCGCUGGAAUGCAACAGAUGAAUCCUCAGCAACGUCUGCAGUACAUGCAGCAGAUACAGCAGCAGCAGCAGCAACAAAAACAGCAACAGAUUAUCGUUAGCAGUGCCGGUCCGAUGACGUCCAAUCCUCAGCAGCAGCCGCUGCAGCAGCAGCAACAACAACAACAACAGAUGAUGCAGCAACGAAGCAUUGUGACGUCACAAGAUGGAGGAAACGUUGGCCAAUCCGUGAUGCUGCAACAGAGACCACAGCUCCAGCAGCAGCAGCAGCAAGUUGCUCCCAUGAUGCAAGUGCAGCAAUCUCAACAGCAACAACAGCCACCAAUGCAACAGCAAAUCAUCCAAACUACUCCGGGUGGACAACCGCAGACAAUAGUUGUCCAACAGCAGCAGCCGCAGCAGCAACAGCAGCAGCCACAGCAGCAACCCAAUACGAUCAUACAACAAGGUGCCAUGGUGCAACAGCCCCAGCAGCAACAGUUGAUUAUAAAUCAACAGCAAAUCAUACAACAAACGGUUGUUCCGAAUCAGUUGCAGCAACAACAGCCGCAGCAGCAAAUAAUACAACAAACUAUUGGGCCAAACGGUACACCACAGCUGGUACAACAACAGCAGCUUCAAACAGGCGGUAUGCAGCAACCGAUCAUGCAGCAACAAAUAAUAGCAUCUAAUGGAGGUCAGCAACAGCAGCAACAACCGCAACAGCAGCAAAUGAUGGUUGUUGGAAGUGCUGGAGAGCAGCAGAUGCUUCAGACCGGUCUUGGUGGAAACGAAAUGAUGCAGCAACAACCGCAGACACCAACCCAACCACCAGGUACUCCUCAGCCACAGUGGACACCGCAAAGUCCCUUGCAACAGCAGACACCUGGCGGGUCAGCAUUUCAGACUCAAUCACCUCAAGCACAAAUGCAACAGUCUCCGGUUCAGCAGCAGCAGCAGCAGCAGCAACAGCAACAACAACAGCAAGGAUCUGCCAUGAUUCCCGCCGGUGCAACUAUCGUACAGCAGACGAUAGUACAAUCCCCACAAGGAUUAGCACCCGGUCAGCAGCAGUUCAUACGCACCACUCUUCGACCGCAAAUGCAACGACAGCUGAUCCAGCUAGACCCUCAGGCAAGGGAAGAGCUGAUGAAAUUGGAUCCAGCCGGUCAGCAGGAGUACAUCAAUCGUCUGCAAGCUAAGCACAGUUUAAUGCAACGUCAACAAGCUGCAUUCCAGGGCCGACCGGUACAUCCUGGUGGCCAUCCAGGUGCUCGCCAGCAGAUCGUCAUUCGCAGUCCGAUGCCACCAGGUUUAAACCAGCAGCAGCAAGUUCGCUGGUUGCAUCAUCAACAGCAGCAGCAAAUUCAGCAACAACAGCAACAGCAACUUCAAAAUGCUCGUCAAGUUGUUGUGCGUCAACCCGGAACACCGGGACUAAGUCCAAUCACGCAACAAACAGUUGGACCCGGUGGACCAGGCAUUGGAGCGUCCUAUCCGAUCGAUCCGAAUGCAACUCCCGCCCAGCAACAGCAGCAACGACUGCAGCAACACCGUCUACUCCAGAUGCAGCUGCAGCGAGAACAGGUUCAGAAAAAUCAGCAACAAGCAGCAGCAGCUGCACAGCAAGCAGCUGGAUCCUCACCGCUGCAGGGCCAAAUGAUGUCACCCCGCACGACGGCGGGAGGAUUUGCGCCGGAAGUGGUGGUUGGGGCGGAUGGAAAUACGAUGGUGGUGCAGCAGCAGACACUUGUUGGGCCGCAAACAGCAGGGCCAACACAGUCGGUGGUCGCCUCACAAACUCCAAUCGAUGCUGCAGGCUCACUACAGGCCCAGCAACAGAUGCAGAACAAAACGAAAACUGCACUUGCUAACAUGCUGUCUAGCCGAUUGGGCAAUGGAGGAACGGCACCUGCCGGUGCUGCUAGCACGAUGGUUGAUGGGGGUGUUGGACAGGGUGGUGGUACAGGCGGAGAACCUUCCGCUGCCGGCACGUUACGGUUGAUGACGGCUCAGCAUAAUGCCGCCCUUCAGCAGCAGACGAUGGGACGUUCUCCGCAGGAAUUGAUGGCACUUCAGCAGCAACAGGUCCAUCAGCAGCAGCAGCAGCAACAGCAGCAGCAGCAACAACAACAGCAGCAAGUUCAACAACAGCACGUCCAGCAACAGCACGUCCCGCAACAGCACGUCCAACAGCAGGUCGUUCGUCGUACGCUCGGUAACAUAACCAAUAGUGGGAUGCCGGUGGCGGGCGGUCCUAUGGUGGUGGGUCCUACCGGUGCCCCUGUAGUUGUUCAGACAGCGGGCGGCGGUCCCGGUAUCAUCCCGAUACCGCCCGGUGCCGGUGGUGGUCCGGGUGUGAUGAUGCAAAAAGGAGGCCCGGCCCAAUUUAGUCCCGGACGACCAACACCACUGCCACGGCCACAGUACUAUGGUCACAAUCCUAAUCUCAAGCUGCAUCCGGAAUUGUUUCUGCUUGGCUGCACCUUCCACAUCAUCGAGUACGACGAACUGCACAGCGCGGACGAAAUUUGCGAGUGGAAGAUGAUCAUCAAGAAGCAUGGUGGCGAAAUCGAAUCGUACUAUGGACCAAAGGUGACGCACGUGCUCUGCCGUACGCAGCGCCAUGGCGUAGUAAUGCAGGCCAUUCGCGAUGCAAAACGAUGCAUCACAUCGUACUGGUUGAAUGAUAUCGUUUUAAAACGACAGUUACUUCCGCCCUGGCAGGCACUGCACCUUCCAACGCCAGCCAUCUUUGGCAAUCAAAAGCCAGCCACCAAGCACAACAUGUCCAUAACCGGAUUCGAGGGCGAAGAACGCGUGCGCAUCAAGCAGAUGAUCGAAGAGUCUGGCGCGCGGAUGACACCGUACUUCUCCAAAUCUAACACCGUGCUGAUCUGCAGGCAGAUCGAAAAUCAGAAGUACAAGUUCGCGAAAGAGUGGAACAUACCGGCGGUCAACACGGUGUGGUUGAGCGAUAUUCUGCUCGGUAAUCUGAACGCGAUGCAACAGUGUGAGGCGCCCAAGUAUCAACAGUUUACGCUCAGCUGCCAUUUCCGCGUCGACUACAACCUGGUGAUACAUCUAAUGACUGCGUGGAAAUCACCAAUAAAUCUAACUCAGGAAUCGCAUGAACGUGUGAAACGAACGCUAAGCGAGCUACCACCACCCGUGACUGGCACCAAGAAACAGCGCACCCUUCCCCCGAUGGAGUCUAUUCCUUUGGAGAUCGUUUGCCAGCGGCAACCAGCUGCCGACGCCAUACCGCAUGUACUGUUUUCGCAGGUCGACAACAGCGAGGGACUAACGCGCGCCGUAACCAGAACACUCGGUGGCAAAGUGACCAACAGCCCGACGGAAGCAACCCAUCUCGUGAUGACACGGGUCGCCCGCACAGUGAAACUAAUUCUAGCCCUAGCAACGGUACGCCAUCUGGUCAGCAGCAAAUGGGUCUCGGACAGUGCGGUUGCUGGACAAUUUUUACCACUCGACAACUAUCGCCUGGAUGUGGCGGAACUGAACGACCAGUUCAAAUGCGAUCUACACCAGGUACUGGAAGCGCCCGGCCGUACCAAACUGUUCGAGGGCAAAGUGUUCUUCGUGACGCCGCAGGUGAAACCGGCUUGCAAAGACGUGCGGCAGAUGAUCGAGCUGGGUGGCGGUGUGGUGGAAAAAAAUCCACGCACAAUCAAACGGAUACGGGAGGCGAACGCGGAAAAACCGGGCAGCUAUGUUAUUGUUAGCUGUCCCGAGGAUCGCAUCAUUAUUCAACCGUUCAUACAGAAAACCAAACACGCGGUGUGUCAAAUUUGCACCACCGAGUACGUGAUGCAAUCGAUCAUGCAGCAACGGCUGUGCAUAGAACCGCACAUUAUUAAGUGGGAGCUUGGGUCUUAG